GUCAAAUUGCCCUGCGUCGGCGUCAAUGCGUCAAUCGUCAUUCGUUUGUUUUAUCGCAUAGCUUGUUUUGUGCUUUGUGUGGGGACGGUGUGACUGGGAUCGCGAUCUGUGAUAAAAGAUUUCUAAGUUCGCCGACAACCGUUCCCCGCGGUCCCCGGACGUUGCGAGUCGAUAGUUUAUCACUGAAAAACAUUAGGAAAACCAUCCCCCUUUACCAGUGAUCCAGAAAAAUUCAAAAUGCUUUAAAUUCGGCAAGAAAACUCCCUCUCUCUGUGUGCGUGUAAGAAAAGUGCCCCCUUCGACGAUGCUUUCGAGUAAAACCAAGCAUUUUCUGCACUGCGUGCUGUUUUUCACUGUGAUUAUUUUAUUCGAAGUAUUCGCUGGGGGCAUAAAAGUUCUAAAUGGAGGCGCUUUUGUCCCAGACGCCGACGACUUCAACCCUUGGUUACAUUACGGACUUUUGGGAGCUUCAGUUCUGUACUUCCUGAGGCUCAUUACCUUCCUUCCACUGCCUCAAGUACUGUUUAAUUUUGUGGGACUCACGUUUUACAAUGCGUUCCCUGAUAAAGUGGUGUUAAAAGGAUCUCCACUUUUGGCGCCUUUUAUUUGUAUCAGGGUUGUAACUAGAGGGGAUUUUCCAAAGCUGGUGAAAGACAAUGUCAAUAGGAAUAUGAACAAAUGCUUGGAUGCAGGCCUGGAGAAUUUUCUCAUUGAAGUUGUGUCUGACAAACCUAUUGGGCUAGACCAUCACAGACGGAUAAGAGAAGUUGUGGUUCCAAGUGACUACCAUACAAAAAGUGGGGCUCUGUUCAAAGCUAGAGCUUUACAGUAUUGUCUAGAAGACAAAGUAAAUAUUCUGAAUGAUAAUGACUGGGUGGUACACUUGGAUGAAGAAACUUUAUUAACUGAAAACUCAGUGAAAGGCAUUUUAAACUUUGUGAUGGAUGGGAAGCAUCAAUUUGGACAAGGGUUGAUAACAUAUGCCAAUGAGGAGGUAGUAAAUUGGUUCACCACUUUAGCAGACAGUUUUCGAGUAACUGAUGAUAUGGGCAAGUUGAAACUGCAGUUUCUGAUGUUCCAUAAGCCAUUGUUUAGUUGGAAAGGAUCAUUUGUAGUUACACAGUUGGGUGCUGAGAAGGUAGUGUCUUUUGACAACGGCCUAGACGGGAGCAUAGCCGAAGAUUGUUUCUUCGCGAUGAAGGCGUUUGCCCAAGGUUAUUCCUUCAAUUUCAUCGAGGGCGAGAUGUGGGAGAAGUCUCCUUUCACGUUAUGGGACUUCAUUCAACAAAGGAAACGGUGGAUUCAGGGAAUACUUCUUGUGGUGCAUUCCAAGGCGAUUCCUGUCAAGCAUAAGUUGCUCUUGGGGUGUGCGUGUUAUUCUUGGCUCACACUGCCACUUUCGGUUUCCAACUUCUACUUAGCCUCCAAGUUUCCCAUACCGUGUCCUCCACUGAUAGACUUCCUGUGCGCCUUCAUAGGAGCAGUAAACAUCUACAUGUUCGUGUUUGGUGUCAUCAAAUCAUUCACAGUCUACAGGUUUGGACUGGCGAGGUUUCUACUAUGCGUUGUAGGAGCUGUGCUAGUGAUACCUUUCAACUUGAUUGUUGAGAAUAUAGCUGUGAUAUGGGGCAUCUUCGGAAAGAAGCACAAAUUCUACGUGGUGAACAAAAAUACGGGCCCUGCUAUAAGCGUAUAAGAGGUAUGAAUCAGUGAUCUCAACACUAUGCACCGUAGAGCAUACACAUCCGAAGAUUAGAAAAACUGCGUAGGAAGAGUAAGGCUAUGUGGUAGGUGACAUUAAAAAGCAUCAUUUUAUAAAAUUUUAAUACAAUAAUUUUCGUAUGUCUGAAUCAAACGCUGAUGGUUAGAUUCUGGUAAGACUAGUCAGUGACAAACACAAAUGUAAUCACAUGUCUGUAUCUUGAUAUUAUCUAUAUAUAUCAAAUUUGUUUCUUUUAUGUAUAAUUGAAACUUUACCGAACUCGCGUGUUAAUGCAAAUUUUGCCACAUUAUAUUCAAUAUUUGUAGUUUCAGAGUGGUGUUGAAUGAUUGACAUUUAAUUAUGCUCGUAUAUAAGUUAAAAGACCAAAAUGAUGGGAACAACUAUUCCCUCGACUAUUUAUUUAAUGAAAUACAGUUAAACGCCUCAAAGCUAGAUUGACGAUUCAUUUUGUUCCUGCUAAUCUAACUGUACAUUACAAAUCUUUUUGGUCCAUGGUAUAAUUCUAACUUGACAUUUUCAUUAUACAUAUGUGGUCCAUGUAAAACAACCUAUUGAUCUUCAAAUCUGCUUGAUGACCCACUACUAACUGAUUUUCACAGAACUAAAGAUUGCCUGUCAGUCCUGUAACCUCAUUGAGAACACCAAAAUGAUUAACCCGUUUUCUUUAAUUUGUGGUAUUUCGUCACGUAAGCGUAUUACUUUCUGUUAUACGAGGAUGGUCCGAUAAGUACUUAGCCUACAAAAGAAUAACGAAAGUUUUGGUAAAGUUUAUUUCCCAACAGCUCGAUACACUUGACCCAGCGAUGCUCCAACAUUUUAACCCAUCUGAAAAAUACGUUUUCUGGAGAUCUGCAAAGUAGGCACCGCCCUCGUAGUAAUUCCCUUUUGCUCUCUGUAAGUUAUUUUUUUCGUUUUGGCUGUUAAUAGUGAGGUGACCAUCAGCACCAAAGUGCUGCUGUAAGUCUCCACUAUGACUAUUGUAAAUUAAAAAGGCAUGGAAAUAUCGUUUUAUAUACUCGAAAAUUGAUAUCGUUAAGGGAUGUUCCUAUAUUCGAACUAGAUGUCAAGUUAUUGCAGAAUAAUUGUGAAAUAUUGCAUAAGUUUGUCAAAUGCCUUACGAUUAUCAAUCCCGCUUUGAGGCAUUGCUUCUUAGAGACUUUAGUUCGUACCAUAAUUAUUUUUAAUUUCGCAAAUAAAUAUUUUUAUAUAUUUUUACUAUAUACAAUAAGAUGUAACGAGAAUAUUGAUGCGAAAAUAGACCAAAGACCAAGAACGGAUGUUAUUCCUUUCAACAAACGACUGAUACAUCAAAAUCGUUUCAAAGUAUUGCAUUCCAUCUAUGUUUUUCUUAUACAAAUAUUUGAGAUUUGUAUUAGUUUUUAGCUUUACAUAGGCGUGUUAGUAUGGGUGUAUCCAAGAAGGUGGAAGCGACGACUUAUUUGACUUCAUUUCAGGCAAUUUUUCUGACUAGAUUCAUUUUUAUAUAUUAUGAUUCAUGAUUAACGAUACUAUUCAAAAUACGUUUAUCUAGCAAAAUGAUUAAUCAACCUUCAUGGAAAGGUACGUAUUUUUUCUCGGAACAUUUUUUAUAUGGUUUGCUGAUACGUAGAUACGCCCAUAAUCAUGAGUAGAUUAUAUUAAAAAUGCGUUCAUGACGUAGAAUAAAGUUUCCCCGCUGUUUUAGAGCACACCUUCAAGUGCUUAUGAUUAUUAUGUAAUCAGAAUUUAAAUCAAAAGUACAAGGUACAUAAUACAUUCAUUUGAAAACAUCCCACCACGGAUUUAUCGAAAACCGCUGAUUAAAAGAAAAAACGUCGAGACACGUCAAAAGAUUUGUCAAGGGGGACAACUUUUCAACUAAAAACUACUUCACCCCAUUUCACCGUCUGCCCCACAGGGUCAUCCCCUUAAAAAUUUCAAAUGACAAGGGGUAUCGAGUAAUAGCUUGUUUGAAAGGUCUUUCGAAGUCCUUUAUUUUGAAUUUAAAAUCGGUAGACUCGUCUUCAAGAAAAUUAGCAAAUCUUUAUUUAACUUAAUUUGUUCAUAUAGAAAACAAAAACACACGCAAAUAUCAAUUUCUAUUUCAAUAAGUGUUCAAAAUGUUGCUCGUUAUUGGAAAAACAGUGAUAUAGGUGUUGUUCAAAUUCCUGAUGGACUUUUUUAAAAACAUGUGGGAUAUCAUGGCAGCUUUUGAUGAUUCGUUGACGAAGUUGUCAAAUGACCCCAUAGAAAAAAGUCUAAUGGCGUCAAAUCAGGAGAUCUAGCAGGCCAUUCUAUAGGCAUUCUUCGCCAUAUCCAUUUAUCUGGAAACUCGUCGUUUAGCCAUUGCCGAACAGGAACAACAUAGUGAGGAGGAGCGCCGACUUGCUGGAAGAAUAUUUCAGCCUCAUCAAGUAUAGGGUUUCCAUCCUCUUCCUUGGGCACCAUAAAUUAGAAUCAUUUCCACUCUUUCGGCCAGUGUGUAAACCAUUUUUGAAGUAAAAUCUGAAUCAAUAAAUUAAUUUUCACUAUCCCAAGAUUGUCAAAAGGUAACUGACAAGUAUAACAAUAAAUACAGUUCGCACAGGAUAUCUGUGUUGAUGAAAAGAAUGCGGGUUGUUAUUUUGUUGUUCCCCGUCUAAUCUUCCGAAUUGCUGUUGAUGUUGGUAGUUUCUGUGUUAAAUUAUAAACGAAUUGUAGAUUGGGCAAACCCUAACGGGCUACAUUUCUACACUUACACUUAUUAAAAUAAAAAGUGAUAUUUUCGUGUGUUUUUGUUUUCUAUCUGAACAAAUUAAGAUAAAUAAAGAUUUUUCUAAUUUUUUCGAAAACGAAUAGACCGAUUUUAAAAAAUAAACGUCAAAAUAAAGUACUUCGGAAGGCCUUUCAAGCAAGUUAUUACUUGAUACCCCUUGUCAUUUAAAAUUUUUAAGGGGAUGACCCUGGUGGCCGAGGGUGAAAGGGGGUGAAGUAGUUUUUGAUUAAAAUGAUAUCCCCUUUGACAAAUUUUUUGACGUGUCUCGGCGUUUUUUCUUUUAAUCUGUGGUUUUCAAUAAAUCCGUGGUGGGAACUUAUCAAAUGUACACCCUGUAUAUAUAAACUGGCAAAUCCUGUACAAAAUGUAGAAUCGUUCUUCUAUUGCUGUAUAAAAUUGCUUUUGUUAGUUAGUCUUUGUUCACUGUUGCAAUAGUAGAAUAAUAUUUUUGUGUUGCUUUGUAUAGUACUUAUUUUUCGCAUUCUUGUAAUUGUGAGAAUUUCAAAAAACAAGCGCGGAUUCUGCCCAUACUUAUCAUAGAGAAAAGUAAGCUCAAAUUUUUUUAGUAUAAGUGUGAAUAGUUUUUAGAAAAUCGUGAUUUUACCGCAUGUAUGCCCAGCACUUAUAAAUAGUGGAACUAAAUGUAUAUCCUAUAAUAGGAAAAAUUUAGUUCUGCUAAUAUUGUGAUGUUUUUUGUUAAUGAAUAAUUAUGUGUCAUUGACGUAGCGGUCCAUAAUUAAAAUAUUGCUUAUAGGGUGAUUAAAAAAGUGGCGAUAUUUCUAGAAAAAAUAAAACAAUCCUAUCCUGUCCUCAAUCGUCAACUUCAUUUUUUCAUAUGGAUGCCAUAUUGGAUUUUUUCAUAGGUGAACAGAGUUUAUAAUUCUGUUUCCAAAAAUGUAUAAUACAUACACUGACAUUUCCAAACCUUAGAAAACGGAUGCCAUCGGCCUUAAAAUCUUCAGAUAGUAAUUUGCUUCAAAAUAUCUUCAGCCAAGCAUUCCGUCAGUUUUUAUGAACUAGGCAUAGGUGAAGACACCCUAUUGCCGAUUUUAAUGAUGUAACAUUAUAAUAAUUAUAAUAUAAUUUACUGACAAGGAUUGUUAUAAUAAAAACGGAAAAAUAGUGAUUUUGGAGAAAUUAACUUUUUUUCACCUCUUUCCGGAAGUAUAUUGAAUUGUGAAUGCUCAACUUUGCUCCCAUUUAAGCGACGCGACGUCGUAUAUUUAACCGUUUAUGAAAUUCAAACAGUGAUAGUCUAAUUUCUAAUGCACAGUAUAUCGUAUGUGUUCACGUGAUUUUAUUAUAUCUUUUAAGAACCCUGGGUACAGAUUGAAGGCGAGUUAGGUUUGUAGGCAGGCGUACCCACAGUGGUUAAGGCACCAAUCUUUAACACCCUGUACCUCAAACAGAAAGCAUUUCUAGACCUUGCGCCCAUUUGAACAUUUGAUCAGCACAUCGUGAAGUAUUACUAUACAAAUGUUCAUUAAACUUGACCUGCGGUCAAAUUUCAUAUGUUUUGUGUGGUACUUUCUGAAAUAGUGGGGUAGAAAAUAUUUUUUUUCUUUUCUACAGGGAGCGAAUUUACCAAAUCUCCACGCCACUGGUGCGUGGUGUAGAAUGAACGAAGCAAUUUUUUUCUGUUCACUUAUAUCACUACAUAUACAAAAUUGUAUAACUUCAUCACCACUAUCUCGUUGAGGGAUCAAAUUAGAACCCAUGUGUCUACUUCCUGCCCCAGAGAUACUGCCACUGUUACCUGAAUCACCCUGUAUUUUGUUGGCAGUUCCAGCAUAAGGGUGACAAUAUUUCCAAGGUCCAGGGUAUAGUUACGAAAAUGUUUAGAAAUAAUUUUCAACAAUUCAGUCUUCUGUUUCCGUUUUCUUCUAUGAUAGGUUUGCGUGCCAUAAAUUGCUUCAAGAAUCAUGAAACAUUUUUAAAAAGUAUUUUUAUAGAUUAUCCACUGAAGCAAGCAGUUACGACAUAUUUAGUAAAUUUGAAUGCCAACCUUAAUGCUAAAUCGAUCCUGAAUUGGUACGUGUAGUUUGAAUUUCCCGGGUACAUUUAUGUUGGCAACAGUUUUCUGUCUUGUGACAUUGUCGCAAAGCUUGUCAUGUAAUUACGCCAACGGCUGUUGUUUUUUUGUGUUUUAUUUUCGUUCUUUUUGCCUCAAUAUUUGCAUUAUUUUUUCAAACCUUUGAGGUGUCCUUUUAGGCAUUUUGCCAAAAUGCAGAAACCUCUGGGUCGACAAGCAAAAUAAUUCGUCAUUUCUUUGACGAAAUAUUUUGAGAUUGAAGGAGAUCAUGGACUCCAUUAUUGCGUUUACAGUCCGUAAGAGAGGUAUUAGGUAGUAAAUAGAAUUCAUCCUAGCUCUAGCGUUUACAGAACAUACGCUCCGUAACGUUGGUUGCGGUAAGGCAUCGAAGACAAAUUAGAUUUUGUAAAACGUUCUAGGAUCUAGUAGUUUUAAUUAAUGUGGCAACCACGUGCGUCACUGUCAUUAUUUGACGUUGUGACGUAACUGCUUUGGUUCAGCGAAUAAACUAUAAGUGGACGAGAUUAUGAUACGACCAUUUAUAAUUUGAGACGCUGAAUGAAAAAAUCGCAGUUCUGGCUUGAAAAUUAUACAUGAGAUUGAUGCCCCUAUGCUGGAAUUCACAUACUUAUGAUUCCAAAGAUACUUAUUUGUUGUGAUAUUAUGAAAAUUGUGUAGUUAUGAUGCUAAACGAAAUACAUUCGCUUCGUCCAAAGUAGUCAAAGUAUAAUCACACCAUAAGUUUUACAUAUUACAAUCGUAUGCUUAGUUUACUCAUAUUUAUUUAUUUUUGUAAUCAGCAGGUUGUUUGUUGUAUUGAUUGGUGUCAUUAUUAUGGUAAUUGUUUUGUGAUCUAAAAUUUUAGUUACUUAACCCAAGGAAACAUUGUGUCAUAGUUCGGUAACUGCUUAUUUUCAUAAUAUGAGACUUGAUUUGCUAGUCAAUUUAAGUUUAGUAUAGGAAAUACACACGCAAUGUAAAUAUGUGAGAAUAGAAAUUAAACACCUUUUUUUAAUCCG